CUGGGCUAAAGCUAGCAAUGAAGGACGGGGAUUGUUCCUACCGGGGCUUUGGAUUGUGAGCCAGCAGACAUGGUUUUACGGAGACCACCCUACAAUGUUAGUGCGAAAAGACAGGCGAACAGACUGGACACGUUUUGACCGAGGACGAGCGGACUCCUUUCGGAUUUUACUAUUCACCUCCGCGUUAUUGGGCCUGAGCUGAUUUGUCAGCCUUGUGUAGGUUUGGUUUUCACCCCCCCCACCCCCCCACCCACCCCCCCGAGCGUCCUGUGGACGUCAGCUGACCAUGGUGGUCUGAGCGGAGGGGAACGCGCGGGAAGAAAUCCUGGCACGGGAGUGUGUGCGUGCGUCCACUCAAACGCAGCGAGGUUUUGACCCGAGCCGAGAGAGGAACAGAAAAGACGGACCCGGAGCUAAGAGACAAACACACAUUUUACACCCACAUCAUGUCCCAAAACAGAGAACUGGUGGUUUUCUACAUUAGAUAUAAACUCUCCCAGAGAAACUUUCCCCUCAACCACAUGGUGCUCAACGAGCCUCCGAACAGGACUGACGGGGGGGGCGAGCAGCAGCGGACAGAGACGCACGCCAACGGGACUUUUAACGGCACGAGUCCCGGGACUCCGCCGGCGUCCCCGAUGCGGCGGCAGCAGCAGCAGCAGCAUCAGCGGUUGCCGUCGACGACGGCGGACCUGGACGCGGUGAAGGAGGCCCUCCGGGACACGGCCAACGAGUUCGAGCUGCGCUACGCCCGCGCCUUCAGCGACCUCCACAGCCAGCUGCACAUCACGCCGGCCACGGCCUACCAGAGCUUCGAGAACGUGAUGGACGAGGUGUUCCGGGACGGCGUCAACUGGGGGCGCGUCGUGGGACUCUUCGCCUUCGGCGGGGCGCUGUGCGUCGAGUGCGUCGAGAAGGAGAUGAGCCCCCUGGUGGGCCGGAUCGUGGAGUGGAUGACGGUCUACCUGGACAACCAGAUCCAGCCCUGGAUCCAGAGCCAGGGAGGAUGGGAGCGCUUCGCUGAAAUCUUCGGCCAGGACGCGGCGGCCGAGAGCAGGAAGUCUCAGGAGAGUUUCAAGAAGUGGCUGCUGGUGGGGAUGACGGUGGUGACCGGCGUGGUGGUGGGUUCGCUCUUCGCUCAGAAGCGCCUGUGAGAGAAGAAGAAGACCCUCGUACGACCGCCGCCGCCUCCUCAACCACAAACACACACCGACACACAAACACACACGUACCGAGCUAAAAAAUGAAGGUCCUCCCCAGAACUGAUGAUGAUGUUUACUUCUUUAUUUUUACCUUUCAUGAGUCCCUGAAAGAAUCCUGAAACGUCAAUGAACCUCUUCAGAAAAACGACAAGAGAAAAGGAAGUUGUGGUUAAUAAGUACAAAAACACAAAAAAAAAAAAAAAAAAAUGUUCCUGUAUUCCUUCACUGAGCUAGUUGUUGUCGAGCUACUUCUAUUCCAUUCACCCACGUGUUCCUAUUUUUAGUUUUAACAAAUUGUUUUUCGGUGUCUCUGAAGCAGCCUGAAGCCUAGAACGAAUGAACCCGUGGAAAAACGAGCGUGUGCCAUUACUUUUUUUUUCACUUCCUUCUUCUACCCGUCGCCAUCGCGCACAGUCGCAGACCAUAACUCUACACGCCGCCGGCUUCGUCUCAGCCCGUCCUCCCAACUCGGUUUUUCGUGUGACAUUUAGAAAAGAUUUUAUAGUUUAACGGGAAACUACAUUUUCUUGCUCGCUUUGUGUUUUUGUUGCUUUCUGUAUUUCUGGACCAUUAAAAUCCCUCUGCUGCUGCCGCUCUUCUGGACUUUUAUGGGCAUAUGUGGCCUAAGACUGUGUGUGUGUGUGUGUGUGUGUGUGUGUGUGUGUGUGUGUUUAUCUCCAUGUUUAAUACACAGUAGCUGAAGAAUGCAGAAAAACCCUGUAGCAGUGCAGAUAGUUCGAUGGAUAAGACGACGAGGAAGAAGAAGAAGAAGUCACAGAAUCCUGGAUUGAAAGUUAUUAUGACGUCACCUCCUCACGUGUUCAAGUAUAAACAACUGUAAUGUAGCUACACACUGAUGGAGGGACGUCCCCCUGUGAAGCAUCGAUGAUGUGACAGGUUCAUUUUUUCUUCUGCGACCUUAAGAUGUUAACUCAGUUUUCUGGGAACAACAAACAAUUGUUGCUAGACUUUAUCAGACCAGCUGAUUUUCUCUUUAUUCGUCGGUGCUUCACAGGAGAAGUUAAACUUUCAAUUUAAACCCUGGUUCUGUAGCCGACGGCUUCAUACUACGAGAAAAACCGUGGACGUACAGUUUCGGUUUGGGGAUUAAAGUAAAAAUCUUCUCUCCAGAUGUGAUAUUUGUCCACCAGAGUGAGCGUCACACACGUCUUUCUUUUUUCGUGUAGUAAACGUGGUGAAGCAUCUGUCGCGUUAGCAUCCAGUUAUGCAUCAGAUGGUUUUUGACUCUUAAUUCUUUCCCUCCGUCUCGAGCCAAUCAGCAUCUGUCGGUGGCCGCGUUCUCCGUGAAACUGUCAAACAUUCAAAUCGCUCGCUUCGGUUUAUCCGUGCGUUGCCUCCACAGUCCACAACCCUCCUCCUCCUCCUCCGUCUCCUCCGUCCUCCCCAGAUGCCUCGAAUCUGUCAAACCUCCUCCUCCACCCAGCUCCUCCUCCUCUUCCUCGCCGUCCCACGGCUGUCGCUGCACUUAACCACGUGUGUCAGUCACAGCUGGACCACCUGCUGCCUCACGUAGACACACCUCCGCAGCUAACACACAAAGACAAACACACACCUGCCAGUCAGUUAUGUAGCCCACAGGAGAUGGAGAUGGAGAGGAUGGGUGGAUGGGGAUGGGGGCAGGAGGAGACCUCGUCUUUGUUUCUAAACGUCUUUGAUUUGAUUUGAAGCUGCGGGGAGUUUUUGUCACCUGGUGUUUCACGCACAAGCUUCAUUCCUUCACUGGGAAGGAAAGGAAAGGAAGGAAGGGAGGAAGAAAGGAAGGAAGGAAGUGGUGCUGGUGGUGGUGGGUGUAUACGAUCAUCCCUGCCCCCCAGAAUAUUCACACUGAUCCAGAUACUUUAUCCAGCUAAGAACAAUAUGCCCCUGCAAAGGAAAAUUAAAAAAAAAUAUAUAAAAAUUUUAAAAAAGAAAAGAAAAAAAAUAGCACAGCUCACAGGCAGAUUGUAGUUUCUCGUCAAAGCAGAAAAUUCUAGUUCACACUUCGUUUUAUUAUUUUCAUUAUUAAUCCAUCACUACAGCUACAGCCUCCUCUCGUCCUCAAAGAUGAACCGUCUCGUCUCUUACUUGUGCAUUCAUUCACCAAAUCACGUCCUUUAACCAUUUCCAUCUUUA